UGAGCUGCACUAGUCCAAAGAGCCUCCAUCUCAGAGAAGUAGCCCAGCUUCUCCACAAACAUCCGCAGUGUGACUCCUGCAGCUGCAGCACAAAUACAUUUAACCUGUUGUCAAAGAGUUGUUUCAUCAGUGAGCCAACACUCAGUGACUCCGUCUUAUUUCCUUGUGUCUUCCUCCUCUUGUGAGAAUCCUGAACUCAUUCAGACCUCUGAAGUUUGUUGCACCUGAACCGGCCACAGUAGAGAUGAUGAGGAUGAGUAUGCAGCACUCCAACAGCUUUCUGUUCAUCCUUCUCUUCAUUGCUGGUAUAGUUCUGUCUGGUCCCUCCACUCCCAGCAGGAGCAGAGUGAGACGUCAGAACAUGAAAGUCCGCAUCAACGCGACUGGAGACACUAUUGUGCUGAAGUUUUUGCGUCCUAAUGCUGACACCAAGCUGGAAGGUUACAUCCUGGGUUAUGGUAGCAGCAUGUUCUCCAAACAGUUCAUCCAGCUGCCUGAGAAUGGACAGCCCUACGAGACGGAGUUUGAUGCUGAGCCGAAGUACCUUAUUGCAGUCCAGCCCAUCCCAGUCAAUGAGGUGAAAAAGCAGUGCACAGGUAAAGUGGAACUGGAGAAGCCUCUACACUUGGUGAUUGGGUCAGUGACACCCACUUCAGUUCUGCUUUCCUGGGGGACUCUGCUGAAAACCCCCUAUGAGAGCAAUGUGAUGAAUGACUGUCUUGAGGAUGGACACUACACGGUUCGUUAUCGUGAGAGGAGCAGGAAGUGGAAUUAUCAGACCUGCCCAACGAGUGACACAGUCAUUGACAAUCUGAAACCCAACACGGUGUAUGAGUUUGGUGUUCAGCCCAACUCUAAGGACGGUGAUGGACACUGGAGCCAGCCGGUCAUUCACAACGUCAGCAUGGAGGAGAAGGCAAGAAAACCAAUUAAACGCCCAAUCACCCCUGUGAAGCCUUUAACGACGGGCCAACACUCCUUACCCUUUGCUCAUCGUCACGCCUCCCCUAACAGGACCCAGGGCAGAGUGCCCCUCUCCCGGAACAUAGUCCCAAAGACAACUCUUGCUCCAACCACAACUACUAGGCAGGAUUUUCUGUCAACACCUGGACCCGCGGUGCCUGUUGUCACCAAACGCCCAUUUGGAGGAGAAGACCUUUCCAGAUCUGUCUUGCCUCCUUUACUGGCAGUCCCUUUAGCUCCCAAGUUCAUUCCACAACAUAACUUCUCAACCACUAAGGCCCCCAUGCUGGCUUCUGUGUCAACCACCCAGAAAAAUGUAGAGAGACUUGGCCAUUCUCUCAGUCAACGAAAACCAAAGCCACAACGUAAAGUACCUCAACCAACACGACAAACCCAGCAACCUCGACCAAAGCCCCCACGAAAGACUCAGCCUCAUCCAAAAACACAUUUCCAAACUGAACCACAAUCCCCAAAGAUCCAAUCAACAACCCAACCACUACCGAUCAGAUUUACAUCUUUGCCUGUGCCACAAACCCAACCUCAAUCACAAUCAACCACCCAAACCCAUCCUAAACUGCAACCUCAACAAACAUCAAAACCUAUAAUCCCAAGGAAACUACAGCCACAACCCCUAACAACAUCUCCUCACAUAGCUGAGACCACAUCAACACCCAAACCCAUGCCACAGACCCACCCUCAUCUUCUUCCACAUGAAACAUCACAGCCAGCUACUAUAAUCCAGUCACAGUUUAAUUCUCAGCCAAAACCCCGUCACCAACCAAAUCCCCAACCUACACCCCAGAUCUCAUUUGAACCACAGCCUCAACCCCCCCCCCUACCCAAACAGCAACCCCCAUCUCGAACAAAACCUCAACUAAAGACCCAGACCCAACUAUCACCUCAAAUUCAACCAACUCCUCAUGUUACACCUGUGAUACAAACUCAGACAACAAAACCAACACCCCAGCGCACAACUCAGACACAUCAAGCACUAACAGACACUCAUAUUCAGCCACAGCAUAAACCACAAUAUCAAUCUACAGGUCAGCCACAAACACAACCUCAACCAAAGUCCAAUCGCAGAUCUAAACCACCUACCCCGCCUAAUCUAAACACUGUGCGCCAUUCAAAGGCGCAGCCAACACCGAAGUCAAAGGUAAAUGAUUCCGUACCAAAACCCAAGACGCAACACCAAUCAAAGAUCCAACCCAAAGUCCGUCCUCAGUCUCAACCCAAAAAACCACCAAAGACUCACCAUCAACACAAGACCAAGCACCAGCCUAAACUUCCUCAGCCACAGGAUCAUUUACAUAAAAUUAAGGCCCCACCAGUAUCUGAAUCUCAACCCACCUUACCAACACAUCUUCUGCCAAAGGCCCAGCCUCCGUCCCUCCAGUCCCUACCUGUCCCUCUACCUAAGCCGAACCCUGCACCUAAACCCCAACCACAACUUCCACCUGGGCUUCAGCCUCAGACCAGGAGCAAUCCUACCACGGUCACCCCAAGGCAUGCAGCCCCUACGGCUCCUAGUCCACCAGAAGAGGGCAAGCCUCUACCAAGACCUGUCCUGGCUGCAGAGAAGGCCAGUAGUAACAAUCAGGGUACUGGCAUCCUCAGAUCAUCAACUGCUGCAGCCCCGCGUUCUUCCAUUAGCUCAUCAUUUCCUCCAGCAGGAAGAAAAAUCAUACAUUCACGCACCCGGGUUCCUCCUAAUCCCACCCGUAAUGGUGACAGAACAUUUUCUCCAUCCAAGACAUUCACCUCUUCUCGCAGCUCCAGCACACCUGGGGCUGGUGGGGCGCAUCAUAGGGGCAAUGCUAUUCCUAAACCUGUCGUUGGGCCCAAAGAGGAACCUGCUCUGCAUCCCUCUUCUCCUGUCAACAAGAGACCCAACUUGGUCAGGAAACACAGUGACCAUGAUAAACCCAUGGACCUGAAACAAGGAGACAAGGAGUCCAUCUUGAAGCCAUUCUCUCUGGUCACAGUGAAACCUAAGCAAGAGUACAAACCGACGACCACCUCCCCAGUCACAGAGAAACAAGAGUACAAACCGACAACCACCACCACCGCCCCACUAGUAAACACCAGCCGCUUUGACCUGGGUGAAAACUCCUCCAUAUUCAGGCCUUUACCAACAUCAGAUGUAGACGUCAUGGGCAAGAAGCGAUUUGUAGCUCCCCAUGUGAUCUACAAGACGGAUAAAAAGCCAGAUGAGCCGUGCUCUAUUACCUCCUCCCUCGCUUAUUUCCCCGAUGAGGAGAACAAUGACCUGAAUGUGACCGGACCUCCUCGUAUCCCGCCCUCCAACGUCACUGUGGUCACAGUGGAGGGCUGCCCGUCUUUUGUCAUUCUGGACUGGCAGAAAUCUGACAAUGAAACCAGAGAGUAUGAAGUUGUAUCUACCACUAAAGGACCAAAUGGGAAGGAAGUGUCAGUACUAACAACCAAUCAGACACAUACAGCUGUGGAAAAUCUCAAACCAGAGAGCAGUUAUGAAUUCAAGGUAACACCAAAGAAUGAGCUGGGAACGGGACCCUCCAGUGAUCCUGUGUCUUUUAGCACAGAAUCAGCGGAUCCUCGUGUCAGUGAAUAUGUUGCAGGCAAAGAUGCCAUCUGGACUCAGUUCCCUUUUAAAGCUGAUGCUUAUUCCGAAUGCAAUGGAAAACAGUUUGUAAAGAGAACUUGGUAUCGAAAGUUUGUGGGCAUCCAGCUCUGCAACUCCCUGAGAUACAAGAUCUACCUAAGUGACACACUCAAUGGGAAGUUCUACAAUAUUGGAGAUCAGACGGGGCAUGGUGAGGACCAUUGUCAGUUUGUUGACUCCUUCCUGGAUGGACGGACUGGCACACAGAUGUUUGCUGACCAACUACCAAGUCGGUCAGGAUACUUCAGAGCACUGCGACAGGAACCUGUUCACUUUGGAGAAAUCGGAGGGAAAUCGCAUAUUACUUAUGUAGGCUGGUAUGAGUGUGGAACGCCCAUCCCGGGAAAGUGGUAAAAGCGUGACCCCACAGAGCCACCUAAGACGAAGGAAGACCUCCAUGUUGGAAAGGAAUAAAAGCCGUCUCCAAAGGCCUGAUGGGGGGUUGGCCUCUCUUUCAUGUCCCUGUGGUCACAGUAGUUCUGUCAGUUGGUUUAUUCACCCAGGUAUAAACCAGUACAGGACUUUUAGGUGUCACAAAAGUCUGUUGAGGAUAUUUGCAACUUUGUUCUUCUAUUUAUCAAACACGUCACAAUGAACAAACGAAUGCAGGAGUUUGAACCAAAAUGUUGAAUAUAAUCAGACAAAACGUUGGGAAGCUGGCUCCCAAAGUGUAAUAACUUGUAUGAUAUUAUUUAUCAAAGGAUUGGUACUGAAUAUUGUGUGAGCUCAAGCUUUGGAGAUGAGAAAGUAAAAAUGUUUCUCAGUGCUUGCAUGGCAGUGAACACGCACGCUGUUAAGUCGUAUACAGAAAGAACAUGCAUCAUACUUUGAGUGUACAUUUUGUAUUAUGUAAAAUUCAAUCAUACAAGUACACACAGACAUGCAGAACUGGGAUUAUUAGAAGUUGCAGUUUGCACAGUAUUAAGCCUUUUUGCAUAUAUGUAUAUGGUGUAAAGUACAGUAUUGUGUACCAUCAGCCUUCGAUGGUAUUUUUCAAGUUUAUUUUUCAGGACAGAUAACAGUGUUACCCAAAAGGAUGCACUAUAAUAUAAAAAAAAAAAAAAAAAAAAGUUGUAGCCCUGAAGUUGCAUGGGGUCACUCUGAACUGAGAAUUCUAUUUUUAAUGCCCUUGAAGCCUUGUUGUGUAUUAUGGAACAGAAUAAAAUGUAUAUUGAAAAGAUAAAUGAAUACAAAAUUGGUUUCAAUAUGGAAAUGACAACUUGUUCUUUACUUUAAACAAUAUGCAAAGUGUAUAUAUAGCUUUGUCUUUUGAAACAAAUCAGCCUGCUACAUUUUUAUAUGUAUUUUCCAGCAAUAAAUAAUGAUUUUUACUUA